UCCUCACGACUGUAUUUGUGAUAUUUAAUAUAAUUAUAAUCUUUUAGCAAGUAAGCUUAGUGUUUUUUGUUUAAAUCCAUAAUCAUAUUUAUUUAAGAGCAAUCCAAAUUGAAUUUUAGAAGCCAUGUUCGGCCACGUAUGUGUCUCCUCUUCUAAACUAAAUUAUAAAGCUUUCAAGUCUAUUAUUCAGAAAAGGUAUUGCUCUAGAAUGUGGUUAUUCUCUAGGAUUAGUAACGUUAAACAAAAUCUGUUACCAUUAGAACAAUUUCGAGUCUUCCAGUGUUCUCUCUCACAAAAUAAUUUCAGCGAUGUCUUUUCAGAGCAAUCAAAACAACACUUUUUAAAGUCUAUAGAGAAAUUAGCCUAUAAAGAUAAAAGGAAAUCUAAAAAAGAGGCUGCAGUGUUGGUUCCAUUAUGCAUCGCAAAUGGGGAACCAUCCGUAUUACUAACUCUUCGAUCUUGGAAAAUGGGACGAAAUAAAGGAGACGUUAGUUUCCCUGGUGGUAUGAGGGAAACCUCUGAUAAAGAUGUCGUUGAUCUGGCAUUGCGUGAAACAGAGGAAGAAAUCGGCUUAUCACCUAAAGUUGCUCAAAUAUGGACCCUAUUGCCAAGCAUACCUAGGGAUGAUUUUAGGGUAACGCCAGUUAUUGCGUUCAUAGGUGAUGUUAAAAUUGAGGACUGCAUAGUAAAUCCAAGUGAAGUUGAUCGAGUUUUUACUCUAACUUUAAAAUCUCUGUGUGAUCCGAAAAACUUUCAUUAUACUGAAUUUAAAUCUGGUUAUUCCUUACCUUUGUAUAUUGUUGGAGAGCAUCGUGUGUGGGGAUUGACGGCUGGAAUAUUGCAUCAUUUUUUAUCAAUAUUUUUACCAAAGGUUUAUACAAAUAAGCUGCCUCGUCCGAUGAUGAAGAAACAAAAGCGUGCUCAAUAUUAAAAUUAAAUUAUUAAUUAGUAUUUUGAACAUUUCAAACUUAUAUAUUUAUUGAUUAUCCAUUGAUUCAACUAUAUAUUAUACCUAGUUUGUAUUCUACCUUAGUAUAAUUUGAUGGGAAUUUUGGUCAUAAUAGCUGUGAUUAUUAUCCUUUGGUUAUAAUCUUUUUAAAUUGAAAUAUAUAGAUUGGGGUGUAUAACCUUUUUCCUUUU